AUGUUCAGGUCCUCAAAUCUAUGUAGCUACAUAGAGGAAAAUCAUCACUCACUGGAUGAUGGAAUUCUCCUCGGGGACAGUGGGUAUGCAUUGCGCCCAUUUAUGAUGACCCCGUAUAUCAACCCAAGCACCCCAGCUCAAGUUGCUUACAAUGAUGCUCAUUGUAAAACAAGGGUAAUCAUUGAACAAACUUUUGGCCGCUGGAAACGUCGCUUUCAUGUUCUCCAUUCUGAAAUUCGUAUGGCUCCAGAAAAAGUGUGCAUCAUCAUUGGUGCAUGUGCUGUUUUGCACAAUAUCGCAAUUUUCCUCAGUGAGCCAAUGGAGGAUGGAGAUGUUGGUGGGGAAGCAAAUGAGGAUUAUGUGUACUGUGGUCCUAAUCAAGGACAAGCUGUCAGAAAUCACAUUACUCAAACCUAUUUCAGCUAG